ACUUGAUAUCGCUCAAUGGGAAUUGAAUGUGACUGGCUAUAUUGGAUUAUCUGCACGCUCAGGAGCAUCGUGAAUGCCAACGGCACGCAGCUCAAUUCGAUAAAGGCUGCAUGUUGCAUGCCGCUCGCAAGCCUCACAAAACCCAGGACAGCGGGGACGGUGGAUGACGUUUCGUUUGCUAGUAUCGUGUUAAUGUCAAAACCGAAUUGUGAGAAGAUGAUGGACGAUUAUUCCGAAAAAAAAUAUUAUUUCAUCGUUGCUGAUAUUCUAAGCAUGAUAACAAUUUCUUCCUGCUUCGUAAUAAAGAUACCGCAAAUUCGCAAAAUACAACAAAUUAAAAGUGCUAAAGGGAUCAGCAACUUAGGAUUAUGUCUGGAACUGUUCAGCUACACUGUGAUGAUGGCUUAUAACUAUUUGAGCGCUUAUGCCAUAUUAUCUUACAUGGAGUAUCCAAUAUUGUUAUUUCAAGAAUACAUACUCAUUUACUUUGUUUUUCAUUACAAUAAUAUGCUAAACCUAAGAACUUUUAUAAUAAUAGUUCUAUAUUUCAGUUUAUUAGCACUAAUUUUUUUGAAAGCAUUCCCUUCCGCCGUUCUGGUAAUAUUGGUGCCUUUGUGUACUCCCAUUGGCGCUAGCAGCAAGGUUUUACAACUUCUUGCUAUUUUGAGGACCAAAGAUUCAUCGUCAGUAAGUCUUGUAACUUGGGCUUUAUCAGCUUUCACAAACUUAACACGAAUUUACACUAUUAUGAUCGAGUCUAAUGACAUUAUGCUGCUGAGCAACUUUAUAAUUUCUUUCACAUUAAGUGCAACUGUAUUCUUAGCUGCGUUAAUUUAUAGAAAACCGAAAAUAUUAUAAAAGUGAAACUUGUUAUAAUUUCUUGUUCUUGUAAUUACGAUAUUGAACACGAAAUAUAUCUCCUGUUUACUCCUUGGUGAAGUAUAGAACAUCAGA